AUGUUCUUUCCAAGUCAACUUUUCUCAAACAGAAGUGAAUCAGCAUCUUGCACAUUUCCAUCGAAUCCUGAAAUGACAUCAAACGUGGACGUUCCUCGACAGAAAUUCGGCCUUGUCCGUCUCCCUCCAUCAUUGAUGAUGCAAAUCUUUGACCAACUGCCAAAAGCAUCACAUCGUGCCCUUGCUCUGGUCUGCAGGGAAUCAUUCGAAUAUUUCUGUCCGAGUGAAAAAUUUCCAGAGCUUGAAAAAAGUGACUUGUUUGAGCUUCUGCUUCUCUUGGAACAAGGGAGACCGGAUACUUUCGUUUGCUUCAAUUGUUUGAAACUCAGCUUGAUUGACCGCGAUGACCAGAAAGGUUGGAAAACUCACAGACAUCAAACUUGUGGUCCUCAAGUCAAAAAUCUCUGGUCCUUCGUGGCCGUGACAAAGUUCGGGCAAAGGUACCAACAAACACGGAUCGAGUUUUUGCCUGAAGGGACUUGGAAACCAGAAGCCCAAGGACCGGAAAUCACCUUUGCUGAGGCUCACCUUGUCAUGAACUGGCACCGCACAAGUGGAAGAUGUGGCUUGCCUAUCAGUAUCUUUCAGCGCCACUACUCGUUUAUUCGGCUCAUUUCUAUCUUCCGAGGCGAUAUCUUGGAUGACCACUUUCCCCUCGAAAAGUAUCAACCGGCCGAUUCUUGGGCUACGCUUCCCAGCAGGGAAGAAUGGUUAAAGAGCCAGAAACAACGACACGGGGCCCAGACACUUUUAGACGAUUCAGGUGCUGCUAGACCUUGGGCUUUCACGCACGAUUAUAAAGCCAUGGUUAUCGACGACGAGCUCUACUUGUCACGCAUGCACCACGUCAGAGGGCCCUUUGUCUUUGUCACAUUGAGAAAGUUUCUUGAGGUCUUGGCGACACUGACUCUGCCAAUAUGCGAGCAUAUCCGGUGUUAUGGAUUCGCGCCCUCUCCUGAGGAACCCUGGAAAAGAGCAGAGGAACCGCCAUCCGAGUUCAUUUUGGGUGAUUGGACUUGGCCAUUUUCAUACUGGCUGAAUUGUUAUUAUACCGACGAGAGAAACGGCCUGCAGGGAGCCUGGGGGAACUCGUGUCAGUUUUGCUUCACCGACUACCUCGCCAGCUUCUCGGAGUCACCAUUAACAGGCUUCUGGGAUUUUAAACUCGUGACCUAUCACCGGCUUGGGAGAUGCCGUACGCCUGAGGAUUCUGGCUGGGCUCAACUGCACAGGAGGUCGAGCGAGCAGUUGCGUCCCCAGCCGGUGGAAAGGGAUAUGUCGGCUGUUGAUAAGGAAGUGAAGGCAAAGGAAAUGAGUGAUGUGGCAUUGAAGACGGUUGGCAGCCUGCUUAAACCAACUUGUCAAUCCACUUUCUUCCGGUUUUCGUCGUGUGCCUAUAGCAGAAAGAGAGAGCGAGAGAGCGAGGAUCAUGUCUGUCAUAGACGUGUGUCGUAUUUUGAGAUUCCCUUUGCCACAGAAGACCCGAAGGCCCUCGACUCGCUUGGUGAUACCAUCCCUGCAGGUUGGGGGAUGCAAGAUGUUCAAAUCCUCGUCAUUUCUCGGGAAGACAACACCAAGAUUUGCCCCGUUGGCGAACAGGGCGAGAUAUAUUUCAGAGCGGCUGGUUUGGCUGAGGGUUACCUCGGCGACCCCCAGAAGACGGCCGAGAAGUUUGUUGGCAACUGGCUGGUCGACAAUGCCAAGUGGGUGGAAGCUGACAAGGCCAAUGACAAGGGCGAGCCAUGGCGCCGCUACUACAAGGGACCCCGUGAUAGGGUAUACCGAACAGGAGACCUUGAUCAGCAUCUCCCCUCGGGAGCUGUGCGUGUCUCUGGUCGUAUCGACUCUCAGGUUACGAUCCGUGGUUUCCGGAUCGAGCUCAACGAAAUCGAUGCCAACCUGGGCGGCAGCCUCUUAGUUCGAGACGUUAAAACUCUCGUACGAAGAGAUCGUAACGAGGAACCUACGCUUGUGAGCUAUGUAGUUCCCGGGAUUUCCGAGUGGAAGCGUUGGCUGGAGGCACAGAACCACGAGGAUAUCGAAGACGAGAGCGUGGAGAUGGGGCCUACCGUGGUUUACCUCAAGAGGUUCCGGCGUAUGCAGGCCGAGGUGCGAGACCAUCUCAAGUCUCAUCUGCCCGCCCACUCGGUGCCCUCCAUGUACAUCAUGCUGAAGAAGCCCCCCCUUAACCCGAACGGUAAGGUCGACUUCCCGAACCUACUUUUCCCCCAUGCUACCGCGAGAACAGAGGACGCUUCGGAAGAGGAUCUGAAGAGCUGGGAGGCCCUAUCUGAGGCGGGGAAGACCCUUGCCACACAGUGGUCAACACUAAUCCCUGGCCUCAACCCCAAGACUAUCAAGCCUGAAUCAAACUUUUUCGACUGUGGUGGACACAGUCUCCUGGCUCAGCAGCUCCUCCUCAACAUUCGCAAGAGUUUGGGUGCUGACAUCACCAUCGGCGUCCUCUACGCGAACCCCAGUCUCAGAGGUCUGGGAUCCCAGGUGGACCGUUUACGCAGUGGUCAGGCUGUUACAGUUGACAAGGCUAUCGACAGCGCCUACGCCGAGUCGUUUGGCGAGCUGAUCAACACACUUGACGACAAGUACCAGAGUGCGGAUCCGGAUACUCUGAGCCCAUCGAGUGGUGCCACAUUCUUCCUCACUGGUGCUACAGGUUUCUUGGGCGCCUACCUUGUCAAGGAGAUCCUGGGCAGAGAGAACACGAAGCUCAUCGCGCACAUUCUCUGUAGCAGGACGAGGAUCGAAUGCGUUCUUGGCGACCUUUCCAAGCCUCGUCUUGGUCUUGACGAUGCCAGCUGGAAGCAUGUCACCGAGACAGCGGAUGUCGUGGUCCAUAACGCGGCAUAUCUUCAUUGGAUCGUUCGAUACGAGCAGAUGAUGCGCCCCAACGUUCUGUCUACUAUUGACGCAAUGAAGCUUUGUAACGAGGGAAAGCCCAAGCUAUUCUCUUUCGUAUCAUCGACUUCGACUCUGGACACUGACCACUACGUCAAUUUGUCUCACGAUGCUCUUACAGAGGGGAUGCAUCAAGCUAACCGUUUCAAGCUGUCUGAGCAGCUCGUCCGGGAAGCUGGCAAGCGUGGGCUCCGGGGUGCUGUUGACUGUCCCGGAUACAUUCUCGGUAGCCGUGAAAAUAGUGUCUCAAACACGGAUGAUUUCCUGAUCAGACUCUGCAAGGGUUGUGUUCAAUUGGGCACAACACCGUUGAUCAUCAACUCGGUGAACGCCGUUCCCGUAGACCACGUUGCUAGAGUUGUCAUUGCCUCGGCCUUCAACCGUCUACCCAGCGUCAACGUUGUCCACGUCACGGCGCACCCCAGACUCCGUAUGAACGAGUUCCUCUCGGCAUUGGAGUACUAUGGCUACAAGGUUCCCGAGGUGGACUAUGAGGAGUGGAAGAGUUUAUCAAGUUUAUGCCUAUGCCAACCGGAAGGGGACGCGAGCUGCCUCCCAUCGCGGCCGAAAUUGCGCAGGCUCAGGCACAAUGGGGAGUUGGAGGUCGCGGUGGCGCGGCUUAGAGAAGUGCUUGAUAAUGCAAAAGUCGACGAUUCAAAGUUGAUGAUGGAGAUGAAAAGUGCUGGCACCAGGCAAGGCCAUCCCCUGGCACCAACUGUCGCCUUCUCGGGCCGUUAA